AUGAACCAGGUCGCCUGCAUUCCGUCCCUUGAGACGGCGCGAGAAGUAAUCUCGAAGUCGAGAAACUCCGAAUUUCCUCCCAACCUCCUUCCUGUCACUGCAACGAUUUCCGCCGAUCUGUUGACUCCGACUUUAGCAUACUUGAAGAUUGCCGAGAAUUCGCAGUUGUCGUUUUUGUAUGAGAGCGCUGCUACCACAGAGACCAUUGGACGGUACAGCUUCGUUGGCGCAGACCCCAGAAAAGUCAUCAAGACCGGUGAGGGCCAUGGUCCAGCCGAGGAUCCCCUUCCAUUCCUCGAGGAUGAGCUCUCUCAGUUCCGUGUCGCGACAGUACCCGGGUUGGUGCUACCGCCAUUGACUGCCGGAGCGAUCGGAUAUGUUGGAUACGAUUGCGUUAGAUACUUCGAGCCCAAGACGGCACGGCCCAUGAAGGAUGUCCUCGGAGUGCCCGAGUCCUUCUUCAUGCUUUUCGAUACCAUCGUCGCAUUCGACCACUUUUUCCAAGUCGUCAAAGUCAUCACCUACGUUCCUAUUCCCUUGGCGGACUCUGAUGUCGAGGGCUCGUACCUCAAGGGCCAGGAAAUCAUUCAAAAGACAAUCAACACACUACUCCAGGAACGCACACCGAUGCCACCACAGGGCCCCAUUAUUCCUAACCAGGAGUACACAUCCAACAUCGGACGAGAGGGUUACGAGGGCCACGUCAACCGAUUGAAGCAGCACAUCGCCAAGGGUGAUAUUUUCCAGACCGUGCCCUCACAGCGACUCUCACGACCCACUUCUCUCCACCCUUACAACCUCUUCCGCCACCUUCGCACUGUCAACCCCUCCCCUUACCUGUUCUAUAUUGAUUGCAAAGACUUCCAGCUUGUUGGAGCCAGCCCCGAGCUCCUGGUGAAAGAAGAGAACGGCCGGAUCAUCAGCCACCCCAUUGCAGGCACAGUGAAGCGAGGCAAGACCCCUGAGGAGGAUGCUGCCCUGGCCGACGAGCUUCGCAGCAGUCUGAAGGACCGUGCAGAGCACGUUAUGCUCGUCGAUCUCGCCCGCAACGACGUAAAUCGCGUCUGCGACCCCUCCUCCACACAGGUCGACCGACUCAUGGUCGUGGAAAGGUUCUCCCACGUCCAGCACCUGGUCUCCCAAGUGUCCGGAGUGCUGCGGCCGGGAAUGACCCGCUUUGAUGCAUUCCGUUCUAUAUUCCCCGCCGGCACAGUUUCCGGUGCACCCAAGGUGCGCGCUAUGUCGCUCAUUGCUGAACUGGAGGGCGAGAAGCGCGGUGUCUACGCUGGCGCUGUUGGAUACUUUGGAUAUAACAGCGCCAACACAGAUGGCUCCGCUGAGAUGCCCGGUGCCAUGGACACGUGCAUUGCGCUGCGGACGAUGAUGGUCAAGGAUGGCGUUGCUUACCUCCAGGCUGGUGGUGGUAUUGUCUUUGACUCAGAUCCUUAUGAUGAGUGGAUGGAAACCAUCAACAAGCUUGGUGCCAACAUUGCUUGCAUCAAGGGUGCCGAGGCGAAGUACCUCAGCAUGGAAAAGUAA